AUGGAUACCCACGACGUCUCCGAUGUGCCAGAGUACCUUAUGUAUCUUCAAGCACAGAAGCAAAAUCUGAAAAACGCGCAGGCCGUCAAGGGCCGUCCAGCAAGACCCCAAAAGUCCAAAGAUAAAAUCUUGAUGCAGUUCAUGUUUCGACAAAUGAUGAAAACGAAAGCUCCUGCUAAUCCGAUGAAUAUCCGAUCCUCGUUCCUACCACCUGCCUACCCCCCAUGUGUUAGCCCCUUCAGCAAGUUGAAUAAGGUCAUGAUCAACAGCCUAUGUCUUGAGACUCAUCAUCGGGAACGGUAUCUCCUUCUGAGAACGAUCACUCAGACAGAUACGAUGACCGCCGUGAUGGCCAUCGUGGAAGAUGAAGACGGGAGUGUUCUCAUGCUGCAGCUCUACAACCAAGAGCAGGAGCUAUCGGGCGCACAGAAACUCAGGGAGGGUACAGUGCUUGUUGUGAAAGAACCCUAUGUGAAAGUAAUGGCAGACGGGGACUACGGGAUUCGAGUGGACCAUCUCUCGGAUGUCUGGUUUAUCCCCGAGUUUGACGACCUGGUUCCCUUUUCCUGGAGGAAACGUGUCACGCAGGCUGAUGAGAACGCAUCUUCUUGGAAGGCGAAAGGAAGUGAGCAUUUUGAUCAGGGUGAUUAUCGUUCGGCAAUCCAAUGCUAUUCAAAGACUUUGGAGACCCAUCCAUCACCAGAAUUGUUGGUGGUAGCGCAGCUCAACCGUGCCCUUUCCUUUUUGAAAAGCUACAACUUUGAUGCAGCGUUGAGAGAUGUUAACGAUGUCUUGCAAGUAUCAGAGCUAUCAGAAGAGGCUCUUUUCAGGAAGGCCCAAGCCCUGUAUCAACUUCGAAGGUUCAAGGAAUCAUGUGAAACUCACGCAAUACUUACGGAGCAGUAUCCAGAUAACACCAUGGCUGCACAUGAGUAUGCACGAGCAUCUGCUCGGCUUGUAGAGCAGGAUGGCGGGAAAUACGAGUUCGGGAAAAUGAUACUGGAGGCCAGGAAGCGUCAGCCCCCGAGGCUUGACCGCGGCAGCUACAUUGGUCCUGUGACUGUCAAGCAAACUCAAUCUCAUGGGAGAGGACUCUUCACAACAGAGGCGGUGAAGGCAGGCGACCUUCUGUUCUGCGAAAAAGCAUUUGCUCACGCUUUCCACGAUGAAAACGCCUCGAAAGAUCUCCGUCUGUUACUUAAUGUCGACAUGGACAAAGCUACGAUUGGUACCCAAGGAGAGCUUAUAGAAUUGAUUGUUCAGAAGCUUUAUAAAAAUCCGUCCCUGCUACCAGGCUUUGUCGAUCUUCAUCAUGGCACAUACAAAUCAGUGGAUGUCCUAGAAGUGGAUGUUAUACCCGUCGUAGAUACCUUCCUCGUUGAGAGAAUCAUUCUCCUAAACAGUUUCGGGUGCCCUCUUCUCUCCCGCGAGAGCCAUAUACGCAGCGUGAAAGGGGAUGAUGAUACGGCCAAAAAGGCCAAUCAACAGUUCCAUUCAAGUGGGGUCUGGUCGAUGGCGUCAUACAUUAACCACUCUUGCCUGAGCAAUGCUCAUCGCUCUUUCAUUGGAGACAUGAUGAUCGUUCGUGCUUCAAGGGACUUGCCUCCUAACACCGAAAUUACCUUCUGGUAUAAAUCACCCAUGAUCCGUGAGCCCGAAGAAUUACCCGUCAACCUACAGCACUGGGGCUUCAAGUGCGAUUGCAUAUUAUGCCAGGACACACGAAGUCCUAGCAUGAGUGUUCUAUCAAAACGAAACAGAAUUUCGGACGACCUUCGAAGAUUAUUUAAGAGAUCCAAUAUGAAUUUGCGAAAGAUUGAAGACACAAUUUCCAGCCUCGCAGGCACAUAUUGCCGACCAGCUUCUGAAGUCCCUCGUCUUGCACUUGAUUCGCCAUAUCUGUCUCUUGCUGCGAUCUAUGCUUCAUCCCGCAAACUCGAAAAGGCUGUGGAAUUUGGAUUGAUGAGCCUAGAGUCACUUGGCUUCGUUAUCAAAGGUGGAAGUAUUCCUCAUGUCUCAGAUGCUCCACUAGUUGUCCAAGAAUGGGGCCUGAUGACUGAUGGAGUUGUGGGGUGCUGGAUGAUUCUGUGCUGUGCAUAUCAAGAGCUCGCACCUACUCUCGCGUCCCAAGCUGAGGGAUAUGCCAGAGUCUCCUACAGAAUCUGCGUUGGCGAAGAUGAGACUUUUGAUCAGACAUACAACAGGCUAUCAAAUCGGGUGGAUGGCUUUUUGACGACCGCAAAGUAG